AAAAAUGACAGCGCCUUCCAUGAAAGAAAGGCAAGCUUGCUGGGGAGCUCGGGAUGACUACUGGAAGUGCUUGGAUGAAAAUACUGAUGAUGCCUCUAAGUGCAAAAAGUUAAGAAGCAUUUUUGAAUCCAGCUGCCCCCAGCAGUGGAUUAAACAUUUUGAUAAAAGAAGAGAUUUCUUAAAGUUCAAAGAGAAGUUUGAAGCGGGACAAUUUCAGCCUUCAGAAAGUACAACAUCCUAGUUCUUUGUAAAAAGAAAAAAAUUUUUUUUUUACAAUUACCAAGACUAUUUGUGGACAUCAGUAAAUAUUCCUUUGAAUACCAGAUUGCCUGAAUUAUGAAGUAUGAUAGAUUGACCUCAUUGUCAGCACCGCUAUCCUGCUCUCAACAGUACUGGAAAUGAUCAAAGAAUUCAUCAGGGUUAGAAUGUUUCAUUCAUCCAGGAAAUAACUUGAAUAAAGUAGUAUAGAAGACUUAAAUUCUAUUGUGGAAAUGGGUUUUAUUCAUUUUUCAUAACACAAAAUAAAUAUAAAAAGCAAUUUUUUCUUUUCCACAUGAACUACAUUUUAAUUUGAUAAAAUUAAUCUGAUAAAAACUGUUUUAGAAUGAUACUUUUAAGUGUUUAUAUUUAUGGCAUCAAUGUUUUAGAAUGAAAUGAAAAGUGAAAUAAACACUAAGAUAUGAUACAAUGUAAAAUCCUGAGGGGACAGAGUUUAUAUUAGAGUUAAAUUUAAGUAUUUUGCUACAUGUGAUAGUAAACAAUUUGCAAAUAAUGUAGUCUCAAAAAAUAGAAAUCAAGAGGCCAUAACCUGGCCACACUGUUUUAUUUAUGGUUCUAUGACUGCCACAUUUGUGCAUUUAUAAAACGGAAAUGUUUGAUGAUUGUCAUAAUAAAGUCAAGGGAAAACAAAAAA